CCAGCCUGGCUGCUGAGAAGGUGUGCUGGAGGACUGUGUGGACCGUGGCUCCAGAGGCACACUCCCAGAGAGAGCUCAAGAUUCUGACACGAUGAGGAAGCAUCUGGGUGGAUGCUGCUUGGCCAUUGUCUGUGUCCUGCUCUUCAGCCAGCUCCCUGCAGUCAAGGCGAGAGGCACAAAGCACAGAAUCAAAUGGAACCGGAAGGCCUUGCCGAGUACAGCCAAGGUCACAGAGGCCCGAGUGGCGGAGAUCCGCCCAGGGGCCUUCAUCAGGCAGGGCCGAAAGCUCAAUAUCAACUUCGGAGCUGAGGGCAACAGGUACUACGAGGCCAACUACUGGCAGUUCCCUGACGAGAUCCACUACAACGGCUGCUCCGAGGCCAACGUGACCAAGGAGAAGUUUGUCAUCAGCUGCAUCAACGCCACCCAGGCGGCGAACCAGGAGGAGCUGUCCCAGGAGAAGCAGGACGACAAGCUUUACCAACGCAUCCUGUGGCGGCUGAUCUCGGAGCUCUGCUCCGUCAAGCACUGCGAUUUUGGGUUGGAAAGCGGAACGGGACUGCGGGUCACCAUGGACCAGCCUGUGUUGCUCUGCCUGCUGGUUUUCAUUUGGUUUAUUGUGAAAUAAGCCUGCAAGCAGGCUGGCAGCCACAGAGCUGAGCCAGGCGAGUUAUCCCACUUCUCUCCUCCAGCCCCAACCCACGUGUGAUCCGAAGGUACCAAAGAGCAGGGAUUCUGCUGCGCUCCAUAUAGCGCUCCCAAGCAUUCACUCGGGUAUUUGUUUGUAUUUGAUAAACGUGUGUCUAUCGAUCCCCUCCAGGCUUGUCCCCAGGGUGGCUUGUCCAUCACUGCGUUCUCAGCGCCCAGUGGAGUGUCUGGCACACCAUAUUAUGCAAUAAAUGUUUGGUGAAUAGGUAAAAGAAUGCGCCAAGAACGGUGCCAAGCACUUCACAGUACUUCCCAACAACUCUCAGAGGUAGGUGUUAUUCCUGUUUUAUAGAUGAGUAAACUGAGGCGCCAAGAGGCAAAGUGGCUGGAAAGUGGCAGAGCUGGAAUUCCACCCUGGCUUGUCUAUCCUGAAGAUUUUCCUCUCUGGGCAAUCCCAGAGCUGUCUUGUGAUCCCUUAUGGCUUGCAAGGCCCAAAUCCAGACACAUAUGUCUAACAAAACUGUGGAAACCACUUUCAGAAACAUGAAAAGACCUGAGCUGACAGCCAUGCAUUUGAUACCUUGUUACAUGGAGGUUUCAUUUAAUUCCUCUAAUUAAACUAAGAUAUAAUAAAGGAAUUAAACUAACAUGGAAAUAAAGCUAGACAAAGUUCCAGAAAUCUUCUUGUAAGGAAAUAUUGCCAAGCUGACUCCCAGAGCUGACUAGAUAUAAGCAGGAUGUGUCUGUGGCACGAAGAUUUUUUUUCACAAGAAGGAUAAGCGUUUGCUAUUUCCAUCUCGGAAACAGUCCGUGUACGUAAGAAAAUACUUUUAAAUGACAUGUUUGCUUUCUAAUGUUCCCCUAACCCUAUGUGCAUGUUUUUCUGUACAUGCAUAUGAGCAUCUUUAAAUAUACUCCGUUCACACAGGAACUCCACACAAACUCAAAAUCCGUUCUUUUACCCACACUUUGGCGAGGGGCCAUCAUUUCUGUGAACCACCUGUCACUACAAAAAAAAUUCUUCACCAGAAAAGUUAAAAAGAAACUGUGUCUUCAGGGAGACCCAGUAAAGAAUUCAUCUAUGCCAUAAGCAGAAGUAGAUACACAGCUUAUUAUCUACUAAUUAUUAGUUAGAAUAUAUAUUACAAAAUACUAUUCGUUAAUAAUAGUUAAAAAUAUAUAUCGCAAAAUAUCAGUGCAAUUUAAAUAAAAAUGAUGAACCUAAUGCUCUAAGAUGCCCCCCCAGGGCCUCUGGGGUACUCUCACAGACUCCCAGAAGUGGGUGAAUUGUAGUUGAAGACAACAGCCACUGAAUAUUAUCAAUUUUGCUUUAAUGAGAGUCUGUAAGGCGAAAAAAAGUGCGUUGUCAGACAAUUUACCCUAAGUAUUUUAAAACAUGAAUGUUGACAAUGGUGCCUCUUGUUCUGAGCCUCUGCUGUUAUCAGCAAUCUUCUCAAGAGAUACAUUGGGAAGGUUUUAACAUAGAAAGCUGGCAGAGGACCGGGGGCGGGGCAGCCCAGGGCCAGCCUUCUGCUGGGUACACAGGGAGAUCCUGCGCUGCCAAGGCAGGAGGAAGCUAGAGGCGGCCUUGGUUUUCCUGUUGUCAGCCCUGUGCUCACCUUGGGCUUCCACAGUCCUGUUGAAUUCUAGAUUAGAGAGCAAGAGCAUGUAGAGGUUAUUUCUUGCAUGUCAUUUUUUUUUAAAUUUUCUAAAUAACAGCAAUAAACGUUGAAAUUUCAAGUCCUGGCCCUCCUGGGUUUAGUUACCAGGGUACACACGGCCAAGUAAGCAAAAUGACUUCCUUUCUUGUGUGAAAACACUUAGGCUGUGAUAUAGUACAUUUUCUAUAAUUGCUGUCUUUUCUCAUCUUGUUAAUAGUUCCAGAAACCAGAUUUAAGUGGGGCAGGAAGUGAAUUUGGACCUGGUGAUUCAAACGCAACAUUUUUCGGUGGAACUUUUAAUUGAAACCGUCUGUGCUUGAUUAUCCUUGCUCAUGUUUACGAAUUAUGAGGUCAAGUCAAGGCUUUGUGAGUUUGGUUUUGCACGUUAGCAAGGAGUGGCCAGGUGCCCACUACAUGUAAGACAUUGUGAGGGGCUUCUGAAUUAUUCCCGAUAGAAUCAUCAUAAAUGUGAAUAAUUUCACCAACCAUUGCUUUAUUGUUCCUUCCGAGUGUUGACCUUCUAAAAUAUAAGUUUGUUGUAAAAGGGACAUUAAAAUUACAACAGAAAUCCAAACAAAACGCUGCCCACCAUCCCAGCAUCUGACUAAGUCCGGUUUUCAUUUUGCCCUAUAACCUCCUAGUCUUACCCAUUUGCAUAUACAAAUGUACAUAUUUGCAGUCAUAAUAUAGGUGAGCUUUUAUAUUCUAACUUUCCCUUAACUUUAUUCUAUGCUUUUUUAAUUUUCCUCUGAUUGUUAUGUUCUCGCCUCUCCCUCUACCUUCCCCAAUCCACCCACUCCUUCCCACCGAGAUGAAGCCUCCACACUUUUGCUGUGCUCAGACACAUAAGGGAGACUUUUUUGUUUGAGUGCUCCUUUUAAAAAUACUAUAUUCAUAUCACAUUUAUUCCUCUGCAAUUUGCCUAAAUUAAGAGUGCAUCAUGAAGCUCUCUGCACUUCAUCAGCCAGCUGGUUGGCUACCUCGUCCUUUUAGACUGCUGUGUAAUAUUCCAUAGCACAGAUGGACGCUGAUCAAUUUAAUCAUUUCCUUGUUGAUGGACCUUCAGCUUGUCUCAUUUUUCGCUACUGCAAACAAUAAACAUCCUUGUACAUA